UAACUAACAGAAAGCCCCCACUCCCUCUCUCCAGUAAAACCUCAAAAAAGUCUCUUGAUCAGCUUACUACUUCCCUUUUUUUUUUUCUUUUUGCUUGCGGAUAGCGUGACCAUGGUCCAUGAGAAAAUACUUCAGGUAGAAGCCUACCAUGUUUCUGAAUCCUACUGCAAUUACUUUAGAUUAAUUGGAGAUUCGGCGAUGAAUAUGACCUUGCUCUGUGAAACGACUGCCUAGAAGUACCCUGUAACCGUUAUUAGCUUGCCUUGCAGUCCAACUGUUCGAACUUUGGCGCCAAAGAAUCUGUUUCCCGCCUACUAAAAUGGGGAAGAAUUCAUUGUUCAGGCGGAUGCAUAAAUCUCUCGAGUCCUUCCUUUUUGAUAUGAGGGGGACUCUUGGAGUAUAUUCUCCCACUUCAUUUGGGAAAACAGGCUUCAUGAGGGUGUCGAUCAUGCAUAUAUCCAGUGGAGGAAGUAGGCCAAAGAAGAAAAUAUACUACAGAGCACCUGAACUAGAUAAAGUUAUGGACCUUCAAAAGAAACCUGCAAUGAUACUGAGGCUCAAAUCUAUUAUCCAGUCUCAAAAGGACGAGUCCCUGCUUCUCAGAGACCUUGAAAAAGAAGUUGGUUUUGUGCAGAAAUGGAAUUUUGUGGCCGUCAUUGAGAAGAACCCUUCAAUUUUUCAUGUUACUGGAGGCGACAGGACACCGCCUAGGGUGAUGCUCACUCACAAAGCUGGAAAGAUUGCAGCUUUGGAAGCAGCGGCAAGAGAUCAAAUGGAACCCAUUUUGGUUAAGAAUUUAAGGAAGUUGUUAAUGUUAUCCAUUAAUUGUAGAGUGCCAAUGGAAACAGUUGAAUUGGUUCAGGAUGAACUGGGUUUGGCUAGUAAUUUUAAGGAGUCUUUGAUUCCAAAAUACCCGCAAUUUUUUUCAUUGAAAGCUGUCGAUGGAAGGGAUUAUCUUCACUUGGAGCACUGGGAUUCUUCGUUAGCUGUAACCAUUAGGGAGGAGAGGUUGGCUUGUAAGGGCAGUUUGUACCCUGGUAGCCAUUCAGAGAAGGGUAGAAUAUCCAAAGACGGCAAUUUUCAAGGUCCCUUUGCAUUUCAGUUGAGGUUUCCUGCUGGUUUUAGGCCCAAUAUGAGUUAUCUCAAGGAACUUGAGAGGUGGCAGAGAAUGGAAUUUCCUUCUCCAUACUUAAAUGCAAGUAGAUUUAACAUCGCUGAUCCUAAAGCUCGAAAGAGAGUGGUGGGAGUGCUUCAUGAGCUCCUGAGUUUGACCAUGGAGAAGCGGUUGACAUCUGGUCAAUUGGAAGCCUUCCAUUCAGAGUAUCAAUUACCAGCUAGACUAUUGCUUUGCUUGAUUAAGCAUCAUGGCAUCUUUUACCUCACUAAUAAGGGUGCAAAGAGCACUGUAAUCCUCAAGGAGGGUUACGAGGGGUCAACUCUGGUUGGCAAAUGUCCUCUUUUGGUAUUUAGGGAUAAAUUCAUAUCUCUUACUGGUAGGAAGGAAAUUGAUACAGCUCUCGAAUUAUCUUCUUCUGCUAUUAGCUGAAAAUCUUCUUUCAUGAUAUGAAUUAUGCUUCUUGGCGGUGGUCCUCUUGCUGUGAUGUUAGAUGCAAGCUAUGUCAUUUUACUUCAUCAAUCUGUUUGAAGCUCAAAGAACUUCUUUACUCCUACUCACCCUCCAAAUGGGAAAGAAUCUUUAGUUGCAAGCAACUUCCACUCAUUGCUUUCUUAGGUUACAGUCACUGAAGAAGUGCAUUGAUUGGCGAUUAAGUAGUUCAAUGAUGUUCUUCAACAGCAUCUGCAGAGCCUUUUCCAUCAUUAGAUGCAAGAUUGGAGAUUGGCUUUUCUCUUGUGCACAGACGGUUGUGUGGCGCGGAUAUCACAAAAUUGUGCAACAAAUAAAAGAGCUGCAGAACUGGAUAUAAUUGCUGAAUCUGGCUUGGCUGUCAGCAAAUCUCUUUGCUUUUCCCUUUCCAUACGCACAUUUUGUCAGGAUGCUGGACUUUCCUUAUGUUUAAGGGGAUUUACCGGUGUCCGUUCCAUCAAUUGAACAGACUUAGUGACGCCAUAUGCACCUUUUUGGUUGCUCCUGGACGUGUGAACGCUGCAAGUGAGAAAACUAGAGAU